CCACGCUUCUAGCAUUUAACCCUCAACAAACGAAGAAAAUGCUUCUUCUCUUCCUUCUUGUCUCCUACAAUGGCUUCCCAUCUGUCCCUUCAUCGUCCCCACCUUUCCCAUUACCCACAAUCUUUGCAAUCAUAUAACAGAAGGAGGGUUAAGUCAAAUGCAGUUGCUGACUCUUCUAAGUUCAAUGGAAGGGAACAAGGAAGUUGUUUUCUGUCAAAGAAAAGUAUUUCCUUUAAAAUUUUGUUUGGCCGAUACAUUUCUUCAAGAUGUAUGUCUUCAGGUGCAUUAUCAUCCAUGUCUUCAUCUCCUUUUGAUGAAACUGAGAGUGGUGAUGGUGCUCUUUUGGUUGAGGCUGAUGAUCAUGAGGAAGAAUUUAAUCGUGUGAAUUGUCUUGUAUGGGUACUACAUGAAUCUGCAAGGAGCUUUUCCCUUGCUGUUCAGUCACUUGGAUUGGCAGGAAGCCAGACAGAGGUUGCAAUGGCCUGGAAUGGGAAAGAUGUGCAUGAAUGGCAUAAACGUAUUGCUUAUCAGGUAGCUGUUUAUGCAUUGUUGAAAAUGGCAAUUGAAGUGGAGAUUUUGCUCUCUCAGGAACGUUACAACAAUCCUUCUCCAGUAAGAGACAUCUUGACCCCAAAGAUAAACCUAUUAGAGGACUAUAUUGAAAGCCAAUUAAAUGCGAGACACCCACAGUUGAUUCAAUGGUUCAGAAUGGUUGAACUGCCAUGCAUAGCUGGAUUUUUCAGUCCAUUGUUAAAGAAGUGGUCUAUGGAGUACGCAGGAAGUGGUGUUGCAGGAAUCAUUGUGGCUAUAAGCUGUUGUGCGGCAGUAGCAAAAUUGGGUUCUGGUCGUACUUCCUAUCCCUUUUAUAAGUUAUCAAUUGAGGAUACACUGGUGGAGCUCAUGGAUCUUUCGUACAGCAUUGUUUCAGUGGAUAAAUUGCAUCAAUUAGCCACUGAGGCAGGAUUCGAACGUGAUUUCCUGUCCCAUUUUGGUACAAAUGUUUUGUCUGGGAAGAAGAAUGAUGAGCUAGAAUUUUGGAUUGGGUUGGCUCAGAAGAAGCUAUCAUUAGCUUUUCAGAAAGAAACUGUCAUUCCUGGCAAACAAGCUUUUCAUAAAAAGGUCCAAGCAGAUAGUUUGGCUACUCUAGGACUUUUUGCUUAUCUUGGAAGGAAGACUAGAUUAUUUUUGUCAAAACUGCGCAUAAAUGAUCUUGAUGAACUGGUUAAGGACUUUCUCAGCUACUUGGAGUGUGGAAGCCUUUUCAUUUACCCUGAGUUUUCUUCCAUAUCAGUUUAUCAGUUCUUCAUGGAGGUAGUUACUGAUGAAAUUGGAUGGUUUGAUUUUUAUGGUGUAUAUCCUUCCAUGUAUGAUCAAGUAAAAAGAAGGUCUAAACACCAUACAAUUCAAGCUGAGAAAGAAAUUAUUUUAUCUACAGUUUUUACUGUUUGCUAUGAUGUCUUCUCUGGGUUUGCUCACUUCAGCCGUUCAACUCAACAGCCCUUAGAUUCUGAAUUACUAGCAUUCUUGCUCCGGAGCCAGAGCCUGUUAACCAUUUGUCUGGAAGAUUACUGGGCUGCUUAUGAUAGAUCAGGUGAUCUGCUAAAGAUUGCAGAAUUAGCUUCUCCUGGGCAAACCACUGGAGCCAAGGCCACCAUCCAGUUUUCUGUAAAGCCCGCCGAGUUGAUGAUACCAGAAAAUCUCAAGAAUAAAUCUACAACUGGGUCUCUGUGUAAAAAGGAUGCAACAGAUGCUAUAAACUUUGUGGAAGGGACACACAUGUCCAAAUCAAUUUUCCCAUUUGGCAGUGUUAUUAGGAAGUACAGCAUCAAGUUGAUAUCUACAAGCUCUGAUAUAUGGAUGGGAACUCAAUUGCUCUUCAUUGAUGUAAUGUUUUCUCUGGAGUUACUCUUAAAGCAGUUGCAUGGAAACAAAAUUACAGCCAGAGAACGAAAGAAAUUAAAAACAACCCUAAAUGACAUUGCUACACUUAUCCCCAUUACAAUUCUGAUGCUCCUUCCUGUGUCGGCCAUAGGCCAUGCAGCAAUGCUAGCAGCAAUCAAGAAAUACGUACCCUCUUUGAUUCCUUCCCCAUAUUCUUCCGAGCGUUUAGAUGCUGUGAAACAACUAAACAGAACAAAGAAGAUGGAAGUAGCAGCGCGGAGUAACCUCGAAGAUCCACCCCAAGAAUAUUGUAAGCCACGCCAUCCUAGCUGCUGAUAACUUUGUAUAAUAAUUGCUGUUGGAUACAUGCCUGCAUUGGAAUUAUAAUUUGUACAUAUCGCGGUCCACAAACGGAUUUUAAAGUGCUCAGAUCAGAUGUUCCUGCUUCCUGGUAAAGCACAGGUUGAGAAGUCAGGAAGCGGAUUGCAAAUCCGUCCAUCUGGAUGGGUGAGUACCCCUUGUACUCUUCUUAUUAAUAACACUUUUGAUUCAUCAAAAAAAAAAAAAAAAUCCAUCCAUCUGGAGUGAAUGUAUGGUGUAACAUAAAAUAAGCCCUGAGAAAUUAUAACAAAAUUUAUGCACUUAGAGUAUCACAAUUUUUUUUGGAAACUUGUAGCAAGUGUUUGAACCUUGCUCAUUAACAUUUGUUGGAUGGAGUAUAAUCCAUUCAUACUAAUUAUUAUUAUUAUUAUUAUUUUUGAAAAUGAUUCACGUAUAAUGUUUUGCCUACAACCCUCCAAAUUAGAGGAAAGGGAACAGGAGUGCCCAACCCUUCAUUUCCUUCACUCUCCUGCUUAGCCAAGCGAGAGGGUUCCUCAUGUCCCUUGUUUUCCUUCCAUUUCCCACCAACCAAACACUAUGUUAAGGUCCCACCAAGUGCCCUGCUGAUUAUAUGAAUUGUUUUUUUCCUAGCUGGAAGGAAUGCCUUCUGCAAAUCAC